AUGACCACUCUCCCUGAAAGCAGCGUCCUUAAACCCUUAGACCCCGUACCGGACGAUGUCAAUGAAUGGCCAGACUUUGCUCUACGCGAUGUCAAGAUCUUUUAUCAAGGAAAAGGUCGAUAUGCAGAUCUGCUCGAGGCAUCUGAAGAUGUGCCUCUCUGUGUUUUGGGAGAGUUGAUGCCUCUGGAUGAUGAGGAGCAGGAACAUCAGGUCUUGAUUGACAACCCGCUCUAUGCACGAUUGAAGAUUGAGAAUGUUACACGCUACAGCUUUGGUCACGAUGACAAUGGGAAGCCCAUCAUCUGGGCGGCUGGAAAGGCUGGCUGGUUUGAGAUCUACCCCUCAGAUCGCUACUUGAGCCACUACAACGACACCAUGGAGGCCAUCGAUCUACUUUAUUUUGCCGUGGACCAACACCACAAGGUUCCUCGGAAGCGCCAACAGUAUGGUUUUAUGAUAGAUCCUUUCUUGACCCAGUACCAAAAGCACACUGGAUAUCGGAUCGACGAUGAUGACGAAGCUAUGGAGACGAUACACAAGCACCACAGAUUUUUAUUGAAGCAGAUGAUAGAAGAGAGAGAAGGCAUUGAUUGGUCACAGACGCAUUUGUUUAAGCAUUUGGCCGAGACAUACGCCGACGAAGUGGAAGCAUUGAAAGCUGCCUUGCUCCCACCAGUCGCUGCCGUUGAGGAAGUGGAAGAUUCACAGUCGGAAUCGACAUCGGAGUCCGAAUCCGAGUCAGCUGAGGAAGAUACAACACCUGAACAGGCGCAAGAGGACUCAGGUAUGUCUGAAGACUCGGAUGCGACAUCCCAACCUGCGUCGAACACAACGUCCAGCUCAAGCAGCGAGUCCGAGAUACAACCGGAGCCCUUUGAUUGGACCAAGCAUAUAUGGGAUAUGCUGAACACCCUACGGAGAUCCAGCAACUUCAAUAUGCGCAACUGUGGUAUUGACCAAGCAGCCACCGAGCUAGAAAAGCUCGCCGCAUUCGACGGCACUCACGAGGAAGCAGUCGCGGCACUAGAACGCUCUGCGGAAGCCUUACUGAGACUAAUGAACGAAGCCAAACUCCGCAAGAAAUUCAACUGGUCCACCCGGAGGAUAUACGAUGAGUUAGAAGCCACACUCGCGGACGAAGUGGCCGACGAAGUCAUGAAGACACCGGGCAAAUCGGGCAAGCAGAAACACCGCAUGAAGUCUGUACUCCGCCCGAGCGGUGCCCGCAAGGCACACAAACGUGCCAGAGGCGCCACGGACUCGGUGGACGAUGACGAGGAAAUGAGCGACAUGCCCAUCUCGUCCCCUGUGGCGAAACGCCAUGGUCCGCCUUUACCCAGUCGCCUCCGCGAGGUUGACGAGAGUUCCACGGGCAGUGGGGCAGAUAGUCCUAGCCAACAGCUGAACGGCCAUCUCGGGCCCGACGCAUUACCGGACCUACCACCGGGUCCUGAAGCACAGGAAAUGUUGGACCUGGUAUCGCAGGAAGCCAAGAGGGUGGGGAGACAGCAUCAAACGUCGCAUCUUCAGGCUUUCCUUGGUCAGUGGGUGGUAUAA